CUCGAAUCCUGCCAUUCCCGCUGAAGCACGGGUCCAUCAAUUCCAGUUCAUUUCAGUUUUUGGAUACGGCACCUUCCUUCCUUUCCCAUCACAACUAACCCGAGAAAUGGUGACAAAAACGGCCGCUCCCACAGCCGCCAGUGACACGGCGGGGCAACCAGUUGACGAGACCACAAAUUCAGCAGGUUACAAGCUUGUGGGCUUCAAGAACUUCAUCAGAACCAAUCCCAAAUCGGAUUUCUUCGCCGUGAAGCGCUUCCACCACGUAGAGUUCUGGUGCGGCGACGCCACCAACACCUGUCGCCGCUUCUCGUGGGGUCUCGGCAUGCCGAUCGUUGUGAAAUCGGACCUCUCCACUGGGAACUCUGUGCAUGCCUCCUAUCUACUUCGCUCUGGGGACCUUAAGUUUCUGUUUACUGCGCCUUAUUCUACUGCUCUUUCUGUUUCUGCUUCGGCUUCUAUUCCUUCAUUUGCAUCCGCUCUUCACUGCUCCUUCACGGCCACUCACGGCCUGGGAGUUCGGGCUAUUGCUAUUGAGGUUGCAGAUGUUGAAACUGCCUUCUCUGUCGCGGUUUCUCGCGGGGCUAAACCUGUUUUUUCCCCUGUUUUGCUUGAUAAUUCGACGUUUCUUGCUGAAAUUCAUUUAUAUGGGGACGUCGUGCUGCGCUUAAUUAGCUAUAAAAAUGUUGAAGAUGUUGCUGGGAAUUUCUUUUUCUUACCUGGGUUUGAGUUAGUUGAGGAUUCAAGCACUUCAUAUUUAGAAAUGGAUUAUGGGAUUCGUAGGCUUGAUCAUGCGGUUGGAAAUGUGCCGGAACUCGGGCCUGCGGUGGAAUACGUGAAGAAGUUUACCGGGUUUCAUGACUUUGCUGAAUUUACGGCUGAGGAUGUGGGGACUACUGACAGUGGGUUGAAUUCAGUGGUGUUGGCUAAUAAUGACGAGAAUGUGUUGCUGCCUUUGAAUGAGCCUGUUUAUGGUACCAAAAGAAAGAGUCAGAUACAGACUUAUUUGGAGCACAAUGAGGGGGCAGGGCUGCAGCAUUUGGCAUUGGUCAGCGAGAAUAUAUUUAGGACAUUGAGAGAGAUGAGGAAGAGGAGUGGGGUUGGGGGGUUUGAGUUUAUGCCUUCGCCACCACCCACUUAUUAUAGAAAUUUGAAGAGCAGGGCUGGGGAUGUGUUGAGUGAUGAACAGAUUAAGGAGUGUGAGGAGUUGGGAAUUUUGGUGGAUAGGGAUGAUCAGGGUACUCUGCUUCAGAUUUUCACCAAACCUGUUGGAGACAGACCUACGAUAUUUAUAGAGAUAAUUCAGAGAAUAGGGUGCAUGAUGAAGGACGAUGAGGGGAAAAUUUAUCAGAAGGGGGGAUGUGGAGGCUUUGGAAAAGGAAAUUUUUCAGAACUUUUCAAAUCUAUCGAAGAGUACGAGAAAAUGCUUGAAGCGAAACAAAUUGUUCAAACUGCUGCUGCAUAAUAGCGAAAUCCUCCUCCUUACAGUAACUUGUUGCAGUUUUAAGAGUUCAGAGGAAGAGGGAUCAUGUGAUUAUAAGAGCAUGCUAACAUCUGCUGCUUAUUGGUUUCCGGCUGGUUAUAUUGGUCAAUAAAAGGUUGGUUAGCUAUCAACCAAAUGUGUGCAGGGAUGUAGUUAUGUAGUGGCCCUAGUCAAGGCUAAAACAAUAGAAAUUGUAAUGAAGCUCUUAUACACUGUUGAGCAUUCUGUAUGGAUCAGGUCUUAUAUGAAUUUUAUUGUUAAUUAACUUGGUAAGCCUUUUGGAGCUCACUCUUGGGUUCUACUGGUGUGUUUUUCUGAAACUGUUUGUUUUAGUGCUGUAAAUUUAAACGUGUAAAAGCAGUUAAGCCUACGGAUGGGUGCACUUAUAGGUCGUUGAAGCUGAUA